UCAGAGGGGAUCCGGGUCUGGGACGUGAGCGCCGGAGAGAAACACACCCUGCUGCUCGCAGACGGAGACUGCUACCGGCCAAUCAUCUACUACAGUGGGCAGCAGGUGAAGGAGGGGGCGGAGGAGAGCCACGCCAAGGAGCAGGGUCAACAGGAGGAGGAGGAGGGGGCGGAGGAGGAGCAGCAGAGGGCUGGGGGCUACACCCGGCAGCCUGUACUGCUCCCUUUCUGCAUUGACCUCGGCUAUGUGAGCAACGUGUUUGCCGGCGGCCAGCGCUGCGUGGUGCUGCUGGACAGGAACGUGAUGGGCUUCAUCGCCAGCCUCCACGAGCUCGCCGCCGCCGAGAGGAAGUUCUACUGCAAGCUGAGCAACAUCAAGACUCAGAUAAUACGCCCCCUGCUGGAGCUAGAGUCCCUGAGCUCGGCCCUGGGCCCGGUGGUCCUCGGGCUGCUGCAGACGGUGGCGGGUAGGUUCAGUCUCCUGUGUCACCUGACCGGACAGCACGCCGCCAGCCUCACCGGGAACCUGCGGCGCGUCCGUGACGUCAAGAGCCUCCUCGUCCUCGAACACGUCGACAUCUUCCUCGACUCUUACAGCGAGUACUGCAGCGCUGUGGGCAACUUGCAAGUGAUGGGGGGUUUCCAGACCCUGACCAAACCCUCAAUAGACUUCUUUGGGAAGAGUCCCGAGCUGCUGAAGAAGCUGUCUGAGUGCAGCGAGGAGACCCCCACCGUGGCCGACCUGCUGGGGGCGCUCUUCUACCUCCCGACUCGCCACAUGCACGAGUACGGCCGCCUGCUGCUCAAACUGGCAACCUGCUUUGAAGUGAGCUCCGAUGACUACCAGAGGCUGCAGGACAGCUGCUCCAAAUUCGAAGCCUUAGCUCUUAAACUGAAGAGGAAGAGGAAGGACGCCGAAUACACCUUCCACUUCUGGAAGACCUUCCCCGGCAAAAUGACGGACUCUCUGAGGAGGCCCUGUCGCCGGCUCAUCUGCGAGAGCAGCAACAAAGCGCUGACGCUGCAGAACGCCGGCAGAUUCUCCGUCAACUGGUUCAUCGUCUUCAACGACGCUCUGGUCCACGCGCAGUUCUCCACCCAUCAUGUCUUCCCCUUGGCCACACUUUGGGUGGAGCCCAUCCCAGAGGAGAACAGCGGCCCGUAUGGGUUAAAGUUGAUCACACCAGAGGAGACGUUUGCCCUGCUCGCGUCCUCUCCCACGGAGAAGGCCAAGUGGCUCCGCUCCAUCAACCAGGCGGUGGAGCAGGCGCUGGGCGGGGCGGGGCAGGACACCGUCUCCAUCGGCUCCGGGUCCAGUCAGAAGACGGAGCCCCCCGUCUCUAGGACCGCCUCCUACACCUUCUAUAAGGAGGGGCGGCUGAAAGAGGCCAAGUAUGAAGGGCACUGGCUCUCAGGGAAGCCCAACGGCAGUGGCGUGUUAAAGUGGCCUGAUGGGAGAAUUUACACAGGGACGUUUAAGAACGGACUGGAAGAUGGCUUUGGUGAAUUUGUGGCUACCAACAAGACGCUCAACAAGAACGAUCAAUACCAAGGUCACUGGAAAGACGGCAAGAUGCACGGCCUCGGGACAUACAGCUAUGCCAGCGGCGAGGUCUACGACGGCUGCUUCCAGGACAGCAUGCGACACGGACACGGCAUGCUGCGCAGCGGGAAGCUCAACACCUCCUCCCCCAGCGUCUUCAUCGGACAGUGGCUGCAGGACAAGAAGACCGGAUACGGAGUCUUCGAUGAUAUCACAAAAGGAGAGAAGUACAUGGGCAUGUGGCAGGAUCACCAGCGGCAGGGCAACGGGGUCGUGGUCACUCAGUUUGGACUUUACUACGAAGGAGCCUUCAAAGAAAACAAGAUGAUGGGCACCGGGAUCCUGCUGUCCGAGGACGACACCACAUACGAGGGGGAAUUCUCUGAUGACUGGACCCUCAACGGAAAGGGUGUGCUCACCAUGCCAAACGCUGACUACCUGGAGGGCUCCUUUAACGGGGAAUGGGGCUCCGGCCUCAAAGUGACGGGCUCCUACUUCAAACCUCACCUGUUCGACACGGACAAGGACAAGACCCGCGACAUGAAGCUGGGGCGUCUGUGUGUGUGCGCGGAGGACAAGUGGCAGGCGGUGUUCGAGGAGUGCUGGAGUGAGCUGGGCUGUGAGACCCCAGGCCAAGGAGAGAACUGGAAGGCCUGGGAGAACAUCGCCGUGGCCCUCACUACCAGCCGGAGACUCAUCCAGGAAAGUCCGGAAGCGCUGUCUCGAAGUCACAGCAGGACCCUGGAGAGUCUGGAGGUGAUCCCGCAGCACGAAGGACCAAUCACCAUGGAGAGAUAUCACACCAUCCGACUCUACCUCAUCAAGGCGUGUGACACCCCCCUCCACUCGCUGGGCCGGCUGCUGGAGACCCUGGUGGCGGUGUACAGGAUGACCUACGUGGGCGUGGGAGCCAAUCGUCGGCUGCUGCCUCAGGCGGUCAACGAGAUCAAGUCCUACCUCAACCGCAUCUUCCUCAUCGUCAGGUUUUUAUUCCCAGACCUGCCAGAAGAGGGCGGUCUAAUUCCAGAGCCGACCACCAACCUCCAGGACAAGAGGGAGCCGGGCUCCAGCGAUGCCCAUCUAGAGUCACCUAAACCUGGCCGUGUGGCGAGCAGCUCGGCUCUGCUGCUCCCCGUCCUGCUUCCUCGCCUCUACCCCCCCCUCUUCACCCUCUACGCUCUGGACAAGGAGAAAGAGGACGACGUGUACUGGGAGUGUGUGCUCCGCCUCAACAAGCAGCCCGACCUCGCCCUGCUCGCCUUCCUCGGGGUCCAGCAGAAGUUCUGGCCGGUUUCCAUUCCCACGUCCAUGCCUGAACUGGCAGAGAAGCAGCAGGUCCUGUCCAGCACUAAGGACGCCUGCUUCGCCUCGGCAGUGGAAACACUCCAACAGAUCAGCACAACCUUCACCCCGUCAGACAAGCUGCAGGUGAUCCAGCUCACCUUCGAGGAGAUCACUCAGGCCGUGCAGUCGCUGCUGAAGCAGGACUUCCUGUGGUCCAUGGACGACCUUUUCCCCGUCUUCCUCUACGUGGUGCUGCGCGCAAGAAUCCGAAAUUUGGGGUCAGAGGUCAGCCUGAUUGAAGACCUGAUGGACCCCUGCGUGCAGCACGGAGAGCACGGUAUCAUGUUCACCACACUCAAGGCGUGUUACUACCAGAUCCAGCAUGAGAAGAUCACCUAAGAAAUGAUUGGGCGUAAACUUCCUGCUGUCCCAACCCACAAUCUCCAGGCCAGGAUCAGCCAGGCUUCAGGAUGACGGACCGGAGCACCAACCAAUGGGAAGCGAAGGAUCAAAUGAACAGGUUGCCCACAGCUCCAUCUGCUGCUGUCAUGGAGACGGGCACACAGUCUCCUUUUUCUUUUCUUUUUUUACCCUCUGAUGGAUCAUGGAAAUGUGAAUAUUGUGUGUGUUGAGCCACUACAUGCCGUCCUGUUUAAA